AUGUGUUCUAUUAUAUCAACACAGCCAGCAGCACAAGCAGCCAGAAGGAGGAAGAUCCAGUCCCUGACCUUGACCCAGCUGACCCAGCAGCUGGGAGACGGACAGCUGUCAGCUGUACAGGUGCUGCAGGCGUUCCAGGAAAAGGCGACUGCAGUGAAUGAAGAGUUGAACUGUCUGACAGAGCCGAUUCCAGAUGCUUUGGUGAGAGCUCAGAAUUUGGAUGUGGUGGACCAGCCAUUGGGAAUACUGCAUGGUGUUCCUGUGUCUGUCAAGGAAAAUUACAACAUUAAGGGCAUGGUGACCACCAUGGGCGUGACGAAGUAUCUGGGCACACCAGCGGGUGAGGACGCUGUCAUUGUCCAGGUGCUGAGGAAACAGGGGGCCGUGCCUUUUGUGAAGACCAACGUUCCACAGGGUCUAGUCAAUUUCUCAUGCAGCAACCCGGUCUUUGGUACCACCGUGAACCCGCUUGACCCCACGCGGUCCCCAGGUGGGUCAUCAGGAGGAGAGGCGGCCCUGAUCAGAGCAGGAGGGUCGGUCCUUGGGUUCGGAACUGACGGGGCUGGAAGUGUCCGAGGCCCCGCCCAUUUCUGCGGUAUCUGCGGAUUUAAGCCAACUGCUCUGAGGAUCAGUGGCAGGGGUUUGUCGAAAACUUAUCCUGGACUGCCGGGAGUUAUUUCAAGUCCUGGUCUACUGGCCAGAGAUGUUGACAGUUUAGCCCUGGGUCUGAAGGCUCUGCUAGUACCGGACAUGUUCCAACUGGACCCGCGGGUGGUACCAAUACCAUUCCAACAAGAGACAUAUGAAGAUAACCAGCCCAUGCGGAUAGGAUACUUCACCACCCUGCCCUGCUGCCCUCCCACCCCGUCCAUGGGGAGGGCUGUCAUCAUGGCAAAGGAAGCCUUGGAGAAAGCUGGCCACACGCUGGUCGCCUUUGAUCCACCGGAUGACUCACGAGCCCUUAUCGACUUGACCACGAGGCUCAUGACUGCUGAUAACGGAGAGACAGUCUCUAAAAAGUGGCUGAAAGAUGAGGUGAUACAUGAAUAUCUGGAAAAGCAAGUCCCGUUAUUGAAAAUGCCUCACUUUUUGCGCAAGAUUCAAGGCUUCCUUCUCAAGCCUUUCUGGCCAAGAGUUGCGAAGAUGAUCUCUCACAGGUUGAUUGGGUCAAUCUUUGAUCUGUGGCAAAGGUUGGAGGAGAGGGAGAAGUACAAAGAGCAAUUUCAGAACGAGUUGAAAAAGAAGGACAUAGAUGUGCUUCUGUGCCCAGCGUUCGGCAUGCCUGCGUGCAAACCAGAGCACGCUGGUAUGGCAGUAGGUGCUCUAGCUUACUGCUCAAUCUUCAACCUGCUCGACUUUCCUGCCGGUGUUGUUCCUGUAACCAUGGUAACAGAGGAGGAUGACAGGCUGCUGGAUGAUUGGCAUGGCUAUGGCAACGACCUGAUGGACAAGAUCAUAAAAGAGACAACCAGAGGCGCAGUCGGGCUGCCCGUGGCAGUCCAGUGUGUGGCGCUGCCGUGGCAGGAGGAGAAGUGCCUCAGGCUCAUGAAGGAAGUGGAGACUCUGUGUCCCGUGUGAACAUUUUCUAGUCUUCUUGUUUUGGCCCAUCAUACACUUUUGCUGGACAUUCACGUCCAACGACCCAGUACAAAAAGAAAUGUCAGCUAUGAAGCCAAAGAAUCUGCUAUCGAGGCUACUAUGUUGGGUCUACAUCAGCAUUGGCUUUGUAAUGAUUGUUUACUGAGAAGACUUAUUAACAACGUAACACUACUUAACUUUUUAAGUUUUCACAGGGCAUUAUAUAACUGUUUUCUGUCGACGCCCUCGGAUGUUAGUGGGCUUUUAUCUUGAGAAAUGAGGAAAUGAUGUUAUUCUGUUUCACGCCUUGUAGCUAAAAUAUGUUAAGUAUGAUAUUUGUUUGAGGGGUUGUUCACUGCUGUAUACGCAAGUAGAAAAUGAGCUUCUAAUCAACAUUCAUCGUAAUGAAAACAAGUCAUUUAAGACAGUAUUUUAUCCAUAAUGCCAUUGACAGAGAUCAAUGGAUGAGUAUAUAUAUAUUUAUAUUAUUUACGUGUUCGGAUGCUAAUUUUCCGUAUCACAUAGGGUUCUAUGUUGUAUAUCACACGGGCUUCCUUUAAACAUUUCAUUUGGCCUUCGUGCGAUCCUUCCCGCGAUUGGGCUGGGCCGGAGGGUGAUGAGGAAUACACCGUGUUGUAUUCUAUAUGUAA